AUGGAUCCAGACAAUCAAACCAAAGUGAGCGUCUUCAUCCUUGGGGGUAUACCAAACACUGCCCGGUUUCCCUUUCUCUUCUUCAUCAUCUUCACGGUCAUCUACUCAUUGACAGUGCUAGGGAACCUCCUCAUCCUCGUCACUGUUGUGGUUGAACCUCAUCUUCACGGUCUGCCCAUGUACUUUUUUCUCUGCAAUCUCUCUCUUCUGGACACCUGCCUCUCCUCGGUCACUGUGCCCCAAAUCCUGGUCAGCUUCAUAGCACCUAGCUACAGAGCCAUCUCCUUUGGAGGUUGCGUCCUUCAACUCUACGCCUUCCACUUUCUGGCCAGCACUGAAUGUUUCCUUUAUACUGUCAUGGCUUAUGACCGUUACCUUGCUAUCUGCCGUCCACUGAAUUAUACCACGUUGAUGAACAGAAGAAUUUCCUUGGGACUCGUAACUGGCACGUGGUUGACGGGUUCCUUUCACGCAGCAAUACAUACCAGUCUGACUUUCCGUCUGCCUUACUGCGGUCCUAACCGGGUUAACUAUUUCUUUUGUGACAUACCCCCUGUGCUAAAGCUGGCCUGUGCCGAUAUAACUGUGAAUCAUGCCAUGAUAAGGAUAAACAUUGCCCUGGUGGGCACAGGUUGCUUUCUACUGAUAUGUAUUUCCUACGCCUACAUAGCUUCUGCUAUUUUGAAAAUCCAAACGAUGGAAGGAAGACAUCGGACUUUCUCAACUUGCAGCGCUCAUCUCACUGUAGUGCUACUAUACUAUAGCCCCUCCAUUUUUAUCUACAUGCAACCAGCUUCAAGCCAUGCCAUGUAUGGGAUGCUGGCUGUGUUCUAUGCCAUCAUCACUCCCAUGCUGAACCCAUUUAUAUAUACACUGAGGAAUAAGGAAGUAAAAAGGGCUUUGAGGAAAUUGAUUAUUGGAUGCCUGAUUUCUGAAAAAAAUAUAAGUUUGGGGUACUAA